AUGAUGAGAGAUUUUGCAAGACAAAAUCUACAUUUGGACGCGUCCAGAAAUGAUGAACCAAGCUCUGGAGAUCCAGCAACACGACAUGUGAAUGUUAUACGUAGUGAAAAGUCACCCGUUUUGACUAAUGGUUCAUUACGUCUACUGCAGUCUGCGGAAACGGAAACAGAAACGUCUGAGAAUGUUCCAGUCGGAUCUGAUGACGACCUGGUGAAGAAAUUAAGACAAAAGAAUCUAUAUUUAGAUUUAUCGCAGUAUGUAAUACCGAAAAAACCUGCUGUGGAUUUCUCCAAAUACGUCAUCAACAGACCUGAGGUUCACGGUGAUUCCAUUGACAUUAAAGAUGAAUCCAAAGACGUUAUGAAAGUUCCGGAUGUUCAUUCAAAUAUCACAGAAGGGAAUGGAAACAUAAAACAAAAGAAACCAUCAAGAUUUCAAAGAUUAAGACGAAGUUUACAAGAUUUAAAGAAAAGAGUAACUCGACCUUUUACACUUUUAACAGGCUGUUUCAACUCUAAACAAAACAGAGAAUAA